CAGUUUCUCAUAAGUGGGUUCCUUGUUCUGUAUUCGUUGCGUAGAUUAUUUUAUUUUCUCCUUGAUAAAUCAAGAUUUUAUAAUAGCUGCGGCAUUAAUUUAUUUCAGUAUCAAGGUAAUUAUCAAUAUUCUCCAUUUGGGAAAGUAAAUUUUGAAAACAGCUGUUUAUAAGAGAGUUCUACGAACAGUAAAGAGAUUAAAAUACAAGCCAAAGUUUCAACUUGAACACGGUACCGUUCAAUCUGUACAGAAUACCAGUCAAUAGUGUUAGAGCCUAGCCUAACGACAGUCUAGUGAAGAGGAAGUAACCUAGACAAUACUUUUCUUUUGGAAAAAUACUUUCUUCCGUGAAUAUUACAGAAUUAUUAUUAAUUAAUUAUUUAUUAAACAGAGCUGGUUGUUUAAUAAUCCACUACUGAUUUUCUUCCUUAGAUGGACACACAACCAAGAAAAAUGGAGGAAUACCAACACGUGAAGAGUUUUAAAAAUGAAUCCUCAACUGUCGAUAAGUGGGGAAAUAUAACAACUUUUGAGGGACGGAUCGCUGAAGUAAAAUACCAACUGGCCGAAAGUGACAAGCGGACGAAAUCAAUGGACUUUUACAGAAGAUGGGCACCCAGAAUUUAUAGUACUCUGUACGGACCAAAAACUAAUAUUAAUCCGAAAGGAAAAGUUGAGUGGAUACGGCCAUCCGAUUGGCCGGAUAAUGUGCCAUUCGGUGAUCCGAAUAAUGGAAGUGAGGUGAAGGAUAAGAAGGAGCCAAAGUCUAAGAAAGGACAGGUGGAGCCCAUGUUCCAACGCAAUAGACAUUCCAAGAAGAAGAAUGAUGAGAAGGAAGAGAAUGACCCAAAGGAAAACAAGAAGGAAAAAAAGUUUAUUAAAAAACAAUUAGAGCCCAUGUUUGAACAUUUGGUUGAAUUAUUCGAAAAAAAAUACGGAAAAAGAAUCGUAACAAAUGAUCAAAUAUCGAUGGCUUCAGUGAUGGGUGGUGUUGCACUGCCUAAUACAAACUUGCGAGCAGCUGAUAAUGAGCAGAUGAACCAAGGAAAUUUUCAUAAUGUGGCAAAACCUACUGAAGCUUGUCCUGUGAGUACUCAGGGAGAUGACAUUCUGUGGAACGUUGAAUUACGAUUGGAUAAAAAGCUAGAAUCGUUGAAACCACGCUUAAAGGCAGAGAAUUGGAACGUUUUAAACAAGUAUCUCCAGUUCAUCACUACAAUUUGUGACUAUGACAAAAUGGGUGCUAAGACGGCAGCCUUUGAAAUGGAGACAUCGAUAGAUAAUUUCCAUGCGAAUAUGUCUUCAGGCAUAGCUGAAGAGAUGUUGUUAAACAUCGAUGAAUGGAAGAGCAGACUAUUUAAUGUUUUCUGUGGCACAAAUAUGGCAAAUACUGAGAAAACAUCCAUGAAAAUUAAGGAAGAACCGGAAGAUUUUGACGAUUCGGAAAAUGGAAAAUUAUAUCAGGAUAUAAGUAUGUUUGCUGAACAAACUGAUGAAGUAAACGUUGAGGUUCCAGAAACCGGUCAAGACUAUGGUAUGGAUAUGGAUGCCUUGCCUUCAGACCUUUUCAAAAAUGAAUCCUCCACUGUUGAUAAGUGGGGAAAUAUAACAACUUUUGAGGGACGGAUCGCUGAAGUAAAUUACCAACUGGCCGAAAGUGACAAGCGGACGAAAUCAAUGGAUUUUUACAGAAGAUGGGCACCCAGAAUUUAUAGUACUCUGUACGGGCCAAAAACUAAUAUUAAUCCGAAGGGAAAAGUUGAGUGGAUACGGCCAUCCGAUUGGCCGGAUAAUGUGCCAUUCGGUGAUCCGAAUAAUGGAAGUGAGGUGAAGGAUAAGAAGGAGCCAAAGUCUAAGAAAGGACAGGUGGAGCCCAUGUUCCAACGCAAUAGACAUUCCAAGAAGAAGAAUGAUGAGAAGGAAGAGAAUGACCCAAAGGAAAACAAGAAGGAAAAAAAGUUUAUUAAAAAACAAUUAGAGCCCAUGUUUGAACAUUUGGUUGAAUUAUUCGAAAAAAAAUACGGAAAAAGAAUCGUAACAAAUGAUCAAAUAUCGAUGGCUUCUGUGAUGGAUGGUGUUGCACUGCCUAAUACAAACUUGCGAGCAGCUGAUAAUGAGCAGAUGAACCAAGGAAAUUUUCAUAAUGUGGCAAAACCUACUGAAGCUUGUCCUGUGAGUACUCAGGGAGAUGACAUUCUGUGGAACGUUGAAUUACGAUUGGAUAAAAAGCUAGAAUCGUUGAAACCACGCUUAAAGGCAGAGAAUUGGAACGUUUUAAACAAGUAUCUCCAGUUCAUCCAUACAAUUUGUGACUAUGACAAAAUGGGUGCUAAGACGGCAGCCUUUGAAAUGGAGACAUCGAUAGAUAAUUUCCAUGCGAAUAUGUCUUCAGGCAUAGCUGAAGAGAUGUUGUUAAACAUCGAUGAAUGGAAGAGCAGACUAUUUAAUGUUUUCUGUGGCACAAAUAUGGCAAAUACUGAGAAAACAUCCAUGAAAAUUAAGGAAGAACUGGAAGAUUUUGACGACUCGGAAAAUGGAAAAUUAUAUCCUGAUAAAUGUAUGAUUACUGAACCUGGUAUGAGGUUAGACAGUAUGAUUGCCGAAGUUCUUAGUAGGAUGGAGGAUCAGGAUAUAGACCCUCGUUUUAAAGAAGCGGAGGAUUUAAAUGCCAGUGAAGACGUUUGUUUAGAAGAGUUUUUUCGCGACCUUGGCUUUCCGGAAACAAGUAUGAUGGAUUAUGAUGAUGAUUGA